UACCUGCUACCAAUACCGAUACUUAUUUUCUACUCUCUAUCUCUAACGGGAUGUGUAUCAACUUCUCCAGGUAUUUCUAAUAUAUUUACUGUUAAGUUGCAGAGAUUCAAUGAAACAAGCUCUCUGCUAUCAGAAGUCCGGCUUGGAUAUUUCGGCGUUUGUGCUUCUGUAUCAAAUGGUCUUUCGUGUUCACCCAGCUCCGGAAAAUCCGUCGAUGCCCUUUUCAGCUCGCUGAUCGGACCCAAUUCCAACACCACGUCCAACCUCAGCGACGACUCCAGGCACGUUUUAUCUAUGGCACUAGACAUACAGUCGAAGAUCAUCAUCUACCUUCUUGCUGUUGCCGGCGUAUUGUUUGCUAUCAGCCUUUUUUUUAUCAGUCUCUUGAAGGGGCACUUCAGAAUGGCCGGAAUAGAGAAUGUGAACGCAGGGAAACGAAUCCAAAUGCUAAGAAAAGUUUCCAUGAUGACGAUGUGGGGCUCAGUUGCGUUUGCACUUGCAUCAGCUAUAUCGAUCAAUCAAGCAACAAGUGCCAUGGAGUUUAUCACGAGGGUGGAUAGCUCAUCGAGUAUCGAGAUUACCGCGGGAAAGACGUUGAACAUUCUUCAAUGGCUGCUGUUCGCAUUCUCGACCCUCUUUGCG